GUUAGGCAGCUGUAUUUCCCUCAUGGCCCUCCCCCUCACCCUCCGCCUUCACCGAAGCGAAUGAAAACAAACACUAAUGAUGGCGGCGCCGGGAAGCGACCGGCUGCUGGGUCUACAGCAGGAGUGAUCGCUUGAGCUGUGAGGGGAGCCUUGAAGAGCGCUGGUCGACGGGAGUGCGACAACUCGCGCGGUCCUGGAAGCGAAACACCUGGGGCCUGCGAGCCACGAGCGUCCUGAGGCGUGAGGUUAUCUGUCUGUGACCCGUGCUGUCACUGCAGCUCCGGAGCGCGGAGCCCUCAGCCAGGAGGCGCAGCUGGCCGGCCCCAGGCCCCGGCCUCCGUAAUGAGAGCUCCGAGCCACUCUCUGUGUCGCAGCUUCGCAGGUAAGGGUGACUGUUGACUAGUGAAAAAAGGGACACAAGGUUCACGACUGUCUUCUUACUGGCAGUGGAACGGCCUGUGGAAACCUGCGAUCCAUUCUCAUUAAAUAAAUCUCUCGAUACCUAUAGGCAAUGGAAACUGAUCUCAAUUCCCAGGACAGAAAGGACCUGGACAAGUUCAUUAAAUUUUUUGCCCUCAAGACUGUCCAAGUGAUUGUCCAGGCUCGACUUGGCGAGAAGAUUUGUACUCGUUCCUCUUCAUCCCCAACGGGUUCAGAUUGGUUCAAUUUGGCAAUCAAAGACAUCCCAGAGGUUACACAUGAAGCAAAGAAGGCGCUGGCAGGGCAGCUGCCUGCCGUGGGGAGAUCUAUGUGUGUGGAGAUCUCCCUUAAGACUUCUGAGGGAGAUUCCAUGGAGCUAGAAAUUUGGUGUCUUGAAAUGAAUGAAAAGUGUGAUAAAGAAAUCAAAGUUUCCUACACGGUGUACAACAGACUGUCGUUGCUGCUGAAGUCUCUCCUUGCUAUCACUAGAGUGACACCAGCUUACAGACUCUCCAGAAAACAAGGGCAUGAAUAUGUCAUAUUGUACAGGAUAUAUUUUGGGGAAGUUCAGCUGAAUGGCUUAGGAGAAGGUUUCCAGACAGUUCGUGUUGGGACAGUGGGCACCCCAGUGGGCACCAUCACUCUUUCUUGUGCUUACAGAAUUAACUUGGCAUUCAUGUCCACCAGGCAAUUUGAGAGGACCCCACCUAUCAUGGGGAUUAUCAUUGAUCACUUUGUGGACCGUCCCUAUCCCAGCUCCUCGCCCAUGCACCCCUGCAAUUACAGAACCGCUGGUGAGGACACUGGAGUAACAUAUCCUUCUGUGGAAGAUUCUCAAGAAGUGUGUACCACUUCUUUUUCCACCUCCCCUCCAUCCCAGUGUGUGUUUACUGUCACAAAGGCACAUUUUCAGACCCCUACUCCUGUGGUGAUGGACACCCUGAGGGUCCCCAUGGCAGGACUGGCCUUUUCCCAUCAACUCUCAAGCUCUCGCCUUUCCUAUCAACCUGCUGCCCUGGGCGUUGGAUCAGCUGACCUGGCUUAUCCAGUAGUGUUUGCUGCUGGCUUAACCGCCACACACCCUCACCAGCUAAUGGUUCCCGGGAAGGAAGGUGGGGUACCCCUUGCUCCCAACCAGCCUGCCCACGGUGCCCAGGCUGACCAGGAGAGAUUGGCAACCUACACCCCUUCUGACGGGGCCCACUGUGCUGCCACACCUUCCAGCAGCGAGGAUACUGAAACUGUAUCAAACAGCAGUGAGGGACGGGCCUCCCCCCAUGAUGUCUUGGAGACCAUCUUUGUCCGAAAAGUGGGGGCUUUUGUCAACAAACCCAUCAACCAGGUGACCCUGACCAGUUUGGACAUACCUUUUGCCAUGUUUGCUCCCAAGAAUUUGGAGCUGGAGGAUGCUGAUCCCAUGGUGAAUCCUCCGGAUUCCCCAGAGACUGAAUCUCCUCUCCAGGGCAGCCUGCACUCUGAUGGCUCCAGCGGCGGCAGCAGUGGCAAUACUCACGACGACUUUGUUAUGAUUGACUUUAAACCGGCCUUUUCUAAAGAUGACAUUCUUCCAAUGGACUUGGGGACCUUCUAUCGUGAAUUUCAGAACCCCCCUCAGCUGAGCAGCCUCUCCAUAGAUAUUGGGGCACAGUCCAUGGCCGAAGACUUGGACUCACUACCAGAGAAGCUGGCUGUGCACGAGAAGAAUGUCCGAGAAUUUGAUGCCUUUGUAGAAACCCUGCAGUAAAAGUUGGUGUCCUCGAGUACCAGCGUCCCCUUUCUGUGGUCCCAGGAGACAAAGAGCCUCUCACUCAUCAGCUGCUCCCAUCCCUGGUCCUGCUCCAAGCCAGGUGGAGGGGAGGCUGGGGACCCCGACAUCCCUGCUCUUGUACCUCCUGGAGACUCCAUGGCAGCAGUCAAGCCCAGUAAUAGCAUUUGAGAGGACUCAGCCUCUGGCCCUGGAGAUGGGAAGACCUUUUGUAACAAAAGGGCCCUCCACAGGGCCAUCUGCUUACACCGCCCAUCAGCGUCUGCUUCACAAAGGUUGUCAUCCUGUUCCUCCUGCUGCCGGCCCCCUGCCCUGGGGCUGCCCUGCAGCUGGCCCCUCGCCUGCCUGCCUUUACCAUCACCAUUUGACAUUCCAGCUGGUGGCCCAGAGCCUGGGGUGGUGGCAGAAAGAGGAAGGAGUCGGUGCUGGGAGGAAGAAGGAAGGACUCCUUCAGGCUUUCUAUGUUGUUUCCCUUAGUUCUGGUAUCUUCUUCCUCUCUCUGCCCCUGUGCCUCUACUUUUGGCAGUAUGACAGGCCUCCUGCCCAACUCCAAAGUCAGCCAUUCCCCCCUUGAAGGUGUGCCAGCUCAUCCCUUAACAGAAGGUCUGAGCAGCCCUGGUGGCUGCCUGUGCUCAGCUCCUCAGCUACGUGGAAACACAGUCCUGUGUCUCUAGGAUUCUGUCAUUAGGCGUCACAGCAAAGGUUCUUCUCUUUCCUCUCCUCCCUCCCCAUUGCUGCUCCUUGGUUAUAGAACACGGUAAUUAUUUAUUACUUUCAGAGAAAUCAGAUAUUUUAUAGAGAAAAUAUGUUUGAGGUUAGAUGUUUUCACUUGGGGAUGGUGGAGGGCCUCUCCCUGGGGCAGAGCCUCCUUCUGUGGAGGUUCCUCAGAUUCUGGGUUGCUGCUCUGAGGAUCUUCCUUCCCAUAUAUAUAGGGUAGGAUCCAAGAAGAUGGCUGGCUGAGGGCAACAGAACCUCCCAGAAUCUCUGCAUUUGAACUGACAACAGGCUUUACCUUGGACACUCACAUAUUCCUGGUGAGAGCCUUGAAUCUCUCAUAGCUUCUGCACAGUGACUGACUCUGUUCUGGCAGCCCAGGAGGUCUUGGGUGCCAAGUGUGUUGACUCCCCAGGUUUGUGCCACAUACAGUGCCCAAGGGGCAUUGUGUGUGCCCUGCUGUGGACCCGGGGAAGG